UAUAUGUAUCCAGUAUGGGUCAGAUAUUUUUGCUACAUUGGGGAUCAAAAACAGCGGGCUUUAAUGUGCUUGUACUGCUUCUUUUGUUGGCCACUCUGGGGAUCAAUAUGAUCCUACUACAUCUCUGUCUUAGGAUCCCAUUUGGAUAUAUUCUUUGGGUGACCUUCAUGACCAUUGUGAUGGUCCUUAGCAGUGUUUUACAUAUAUAUUAUUUGGGUAAGCUCCUGGAAAGACAUAAAGAGCGGGCUGGGUUAAUGGCUGUCAAUGUCCUGCUGCAGAUUUUGUGUCCGCUGACAUUCUUGGACCAUCCAAAAAAGUUGCCAGAAAUUCCCCAUGCCAUUGUGUACAUGCUUGGUGCCUCAGGUCUAAGUAUAGUAAAUUCCAUCACACUGUUGACUGAAUUGAUUUCAAAAGCAGAAACUGGAGAGCGCAAUGUUGCAGACCUGCGAGUGAUUGUUCUACUGGCUGAAUCUGUAUAUAUAUGUUGUUGGAUGCCUUUACAGCUUUACAGUGCCUUAACAGACACAGAUUCCAAAGAAAUCCAAACCAAAGGCCACCAUCAUCACAGAGAUCAGCUCAGGAUCACGAGAUGGAGACUCUCAAUCAGCGCCCUCUGAAUGGAGCAAAUGAAUAACUUAUACAGGAUGAUCUCAAUACACCCAUUAUGAGAGUUAAACUUCAGUUUCUGCACAAUGAACUUCAGGAUUGUGAGUGAAGACAUUUUAUUAGUGUGGAGUAUAGUAUAUUGUAAAAGGAUUGACUCACUUAAGUGUGUGGCUGUGUGUACACUGUGCAUAAAUAGCUUACAUGUAUGUUAUGUCCAAAAGUUACCAUGCAAGUUAUGUGUCAUCCAGCAUCUUGGCCAUUCUUUAGGGAUUGUGUUUCUCACUGGCUUAAAACAUGCAAAUAGCUUUUUCGGAUAUUUUCAGAAUAGAUAGAAUUUGCAUUGUUAUAUUUUAUUUUAUUAGAUAUUGUUAUGACUUAGCAUCUUAACA